AUGCACCGCCCAUCUCUCCUCAUCCUCCUCGUCUCUGUCCUCAUCUCCACCCGCGCCUUCGUGAUGCCUCCAUCGCAAGCCACCUUGGCCUGUAUGACCUGCGUAGCUACUGUCAAGGCAAUGGAACCAAUAAUUCUGAAUGAAGGCGAUGACGUGGCAAAGAAGCAAUUGAAUCAGUUAUGCUACAAAGAAGCACCAACUCCAGCUGCCGAAGCAUCUUGCGAGGAAUAUGGAGAUGAUGCUGUUGAUGUGAUAAUUUACUUGGUCAAAAUUGGAGUUCCACCGAAAACUAUUUGUCAGCAAUUGAAGAAAUGUUGA